AUUUAAACCAAAAAUUUACCAAGAGCAGCUCUAAUUGUAAUUUCUCUUUAUGUUUUUUUUUUUAUAUGUUUGAGAUUUUCUCUUAUUGAAUAGGAGAAUUACGAUCGAUAUAUAUCUUGUGUAGUUUUAUUUUCUUUUAAUUUCAUUCGCACUAAAAUGGAGUACGAGAUCUUAUUACAGUUGUAUUGUAUCCGUUACAGAGACAAAUCUAAUUAAAAGAAUAGUGAUAUUGAUAUAUCCUAUGCUGUGUUGUCACUCUUGUAAUCAUUUCCCAAUAAGAAAAUCAUAAUUAAUAAUUUGGCCGUUACUUCAUUCUACAGCUCUCCUCUUCUCUACUCCACUGCUGUUUUUGCCGGCGACGCCAUUUUCCUAGAUCUCAUGCCCGCCUAAUUCUCGCUUCUACCCAGCAAUCACACUCUGACGCCGCGGCCAAACCCUAAUCCAAUUCACCUAGAUUCAUGGCGGCGGACGAGCCGGCGGUGCUCUACUUGCAUGGAGAUUUGGAGCUCCACAUCUUCGAGGCGCGCUCGCUCCCAAACAUGGACCUCUUCUCCGAGCGCCUCCGCUGCUGCUUCACCGCCUGCCAAACCGGCGGCGAAGCCGACGUCUACGCCAGCGGCGGGAGCAAGGCCAGCAGCCGCCACGACAGGAAGCUCCACCACCACCGGAAGAUCAUCACCAGCGAUCCCUACGUCACCAUCUCCGUCCCCCAGUCCACUCUCGCUCGCACGCGCGUGAUCUCCAACUCGCAGAACCCUAAGUGGAACGAGCGGUUUCAUAUCCCCUUGGCGCACCCGGUCGCCAAUCUGGAGAUCCGGGUGAAGGAUAAUGAUGUCUUCGGAGCCGACACGAUGGGGAAAAUUCUGAUCCCGGCGGAGAAGAUCGCCACCGGCGAGGAGCUCUCCGACUGGUUCCCGCUCAUUGCUCCGUCGGGAAAGCCGCCGAAACCCGACACCGCGCUGCGGAUUAAGAUGAUUUUCACUCCAUGUGCGAAAAAUCCGAUGUACAAGCACGGUGUCGCCGGCGACCCGAAGUACAGAGGGGUUAGGAACACUUAUUUUCCACUUCGGAAAGGGAGCACCGUCACUCUAUACCAGGAUGCGCAUGUUAGGGAUGCAGACAAUAUGCCCAAAAUCGAACUAGAUGAUGGCCUAACUCGGUACCACGCCCCAUGUUGGGAGGAUAUAUGCUAUGCAAUCACUGAGGCGCAUCAUUUGAUAUACAUUACUGGAUGGUCUGUUUUUCAUAAGAUUAAGCUGAUCAGAGAGCCCACCAAACCUUUGCCGCGAGGCGGGGACCUGAUGCUUGGGGAAUUGUUGAAGUAUAAGUCUCAGGAAGGGGUUCGAGUUCUGCUGUUGGUUUGGGAUGAUAAGACUUCGCAUGAUAAAUUCCUCAUCAACACGACAGGUGUGAUGCAAACUCAUGAUGAAGAGACCAAGAAGUUUUUUAAGCAUUCAUCUGUAAUUUGUGUUCUAUCACCACGUUAUGGGAGCAGUAAACUUAGCUAUAUUAAACAACAGGUAGUUGGAGGCGUGUUUACACACCACCAGAAAUGUGUUCUUGUUGAUACUCAAGCACCUGGAAAUAAUCGAAAAAUCACUGCCUUUAUAGGAGGUCUUGAUCUGUGUGAUGGACGUUAUGAUACACCUGAUCAUCGACUGUUCCGUGAUCUUGACACUUGUUUUAAGGAUGAUUUUCAUCAGCCUACAUUUCCGGCAGGAAUGCAAGCUCCAAGGCAGCCAUGGCAUGAUUUGCACUGCAGAAUUGAUGGACCUGCUGCAUAUGAUGUUCUUAUAAAUUUUGCCCAACGUUGGCGGAAAUCAACCAAGUGGAAAGAAUUUAGUCUACUAAAGAAAAAGGUGUCCAAUUGGAAUGAUGAUGCCAUGAUAAAAAUUGAGCGAAUAUCAUGGAUAUUAAGCCCUGCCCUUUCUGUGCACAAGGAUGGAACUUACAGGUAUUCUCAGGAGGAUGAUCCUAAGCUAUAUGUGUCUGGAGAAGAACACCCUGAAAAUUGGCAUGUUCAGAUAUUCAGGUCCAUUGAUUCAGGGUCACUGAGAGGCUUUCCCAAAUUCUAUGAUGAAGCUGAGGAACAGAACCUUAUUUGCUCCAAGAAUUUGGUGAUAGACAAAAGCAUUCAAACAGCAUACAUUCAAGCAAUAAGAUCUGCUCAGCAUUUUAUCUAUAUUGAAAAUCAAUACUUUCUUGGUUCUUCAUAUGCUUGGCCAUCAUACAAAGAUGCAGGGGCUGAUCAUCUAAUUCCUAUGGAGUUGGCAUUGAAAAUUACUAGUAAAAUAAGAGCUAACGAGAGAUUUGCUGUGUACAUUAUUAUACCAAUGUGGCCCGAGGGAAAUCCCAAGGACAAUGUUGUGCAAGAAAUUUUAUUUUGGCAGGGCCAAACAAUGCAGAUGAUGUAUCAAGUUAUUGCAAAAGAGAUCAAAUCAAUGAAACUCGAAAAUGCACAUCCACUAGACUACUUGAAUUUCUACUGCAUUGGAAAACGGGAACAGAUUACAGGUUCUUGUGCUCAGGCCUCUGAAGAUGCUGCUAAGAUUUCGGAAGCGCAAAAGUUUCAGCGGUUCAUGAUUUAUGUGCAUGCCAAAGGAAUGGUAGUGGAUGAUGAGUAUGUAAUAAUAGGAUCAGCCAAUAUAAAUCAGAGAUCAAUGGCUGGCACAAAAGACACAGAGAUAGCAAUGGGUGGAUAUCAACCUCAUCAUACUUGGGAAAAGAAGCAAAAACAUCCACAUGGCCAGAUUUAUGGAUAUAGAAUGUCGCUAUGGGCCGAGCAUCUUGGGAUGCUCGAAGAUUGUUACAACAAGCCAGAGGAUCUGGAGUGCGUGAAGAGAGUGAACAAAAUUGCUGAUGAUAAUUGGGGGAGAUACACGGGCGAUGAAUUUAAAGAGUUGCAAGGUCAUCUUCUCAAGUAUCCGGUGGAUGUUGAUGUAGACGGCAACGUAAAACCGCUGCAAGGACACGAGAACUUCCCUGAUAUUGGGGGCAGAGUUCUCGGAGCCCAUUCUCCCACCAUACCCGAUAUCUUGACAACGUGAUGUCAACUGCAUGUGUAUGUGGUGAGUAUUAGACCUUGUAAUCAACUAGUGUUUGUGUAUAAAUUGAUUGUUUGCAUUUCCUUUUCUUCUUUGUAUUGAAUCAGGGGAUAAAAUGUUGGAUUUGGGUCUGUGUAAAUUCACUGUAUGCGUGUCUGGAUAUAUAUAUUGGUAUAUGGAGAGCGGGCUGAAGAUUGUGAUUGUAAAUUGUGUGUUGUUUAUGUUGUUAUUUGCAACUGAAAUAAGAUGUAACUUUGACAUAGCAA